AUGAAAGGGGCUAAGCGGCCCAGACCAAUCGACCUCCCCCAGGGUUUAGGCCGACAUCGUGGGCUCCAUCCAGGAGUCAACAACGAGGGUAUUAUUGUGCACGGCCAUGACCCAUGGGCCUCCUUCAUCCCAGGACCAGGUUUUGUGUCAGGUUCUGCCCUACGCAACGCAACUGGACGUGGUCGUCUCACUCAAAACCGCAAUGUCUGCCACUUCUCCUUUCCUGGCAGAUGGAAACCCUAUCUCGUCCGUCGUCUGUCUCGCCAGGUUCUCACUCCCGACGUUGUCGCCGCUGCCAUAGCCGUCAUGCCGCAUCGACCAAGCACUUCGGCUGGACCUGGAUCCUUCAGGUCAGCAAGUUCGAGGUCAAUUAGCGAGAAACGCAAGUCGAGGGACGACAUGCUACUCACUGUGGAUGGGUGGAGGGGGACUGAAAGGCUGAAUCCCUUACGCAUGCAACCAUACGUGAUGGAUAUCAGAGGUGGAAACCUGCCAACGCCAGAGGCGAGUCCGGAUCAAGCAGCAGCAUCCAGUAUGACUUCGUUUCUAGCUCCAGCCCCUAUGACUGGCCACGAAUCCUUCAUGACCUCAAUGGAGGUUCCGAUCGGAAUGGCUCUGGGAAGCCCUUCGCAAACCUCCUUAAUUCAACCCAGCUCAUGGCAACCACAAAGCAUCACACCACCUCGAAGGACUCCUUCACCACCACCGCCACCGCCAGCAGCAGCGCCGCAAAUGGUGCUUCAGACAGCGCCUCCAGCACCCCCUCUUCAGAGACGAAAGACGACAAGACAAAGAAUAUUUGGAGCCCUGUUCGGGAGGGGAAAGCAGUCAAAUACAGCAAAGGCCGCCGACCUCAUCUCUGCAAACAGUUCUGCGGUUUCUCUGUCGUCACCAAGCAGUGGACGGGAAGCUGCUGGCAGUGCCGUCCCACCGAGGAACCACGCGAUCAGUGGGAAAAGGGGACAAAAGCAUGUCCCACUACUCGUUAGGUCGAAUACAGAUCUCCCAACAACUACUGUGCCUGUCGAGCCACGGCAGCGGAGGCAGCCACCACCACCGCCGGUGCCUCCAGUAAGUUCUUGGAAUGACCGACCACGGAGUAUUGCGCCCAACUCGGAGACUAGUGCUCCCUUACGACUUGACGUGGAGAUUCCGAGUAUCACAUUGGAUCGAUACAGCGUCAUGUUUAGUGGAGUCUUGAACCCGCAACAGCAAAAAAGAAACAGCAAAAUGUCACUCCUGGAGAGGCGUCAGGCUACGCUCGAAAAGCUCAAGUCCGUCAACGACAGGGCCGUGGCUCAACGCGAAGAGGAGGUAAAACAGUUCCGUAGGGCAAGCUCGCCCCAGCCGACACGAUCACCAUCUUUUUCAACUUUACCACCAAUACCAGGCCGUCAACAACUUGCUGUUCCCCCAAGUCCUCGAUCACGUGCACACUCGUCGCCAGCCGUUAUCCCGUCACCAACGGUAGAUGGUUUUUCUGACUACUUGCAGCCAUUGGAUGCUCCUCCCCCUCGUAGGGAGAAAAAGGGAGUGCCGAUAAUCUCACCGCGGACAAUAAAAGAGCAGGAACGUGCCGGUCACAAGCAGAGGCUCCUGGAAGCGCAGCAGCAGCAACCACAUCAUUCUUACCACGAGUCUCAACCGCAGCAUAAGGGCAAAUCAGAGUAUCUUCCUGGUGACGAAAACACCUCUGCCACCCCCAGAAAACCGGAAGUUUGGGAAGAACAGCAACAGCAUCAGUCCAAAUCGGAACAGGCUUUCCCCCCACGCAAAGACUCCCAUUUCGCGCCCGGAGAUUCCACCCUCAUGCUCGAUACCCCUAAGAGCCCACCAGCACAAUUUCUAGACGUCUCGAGUAGCCGCCAGUCGAACGAGCCGAAAAUCGUCAGCCCCUUCCUUCUCAAACCAACCGUCUACCAGCCACCCGAACCGCGGGAAGUGGUUUCAGUCCUGCCAACACGCUCACCCACUUCGCCGCCGCCGCAGUCGUCCAUGCCAGAAACGACUUCACCUCCAAUCCUUAGCCCCGAAAGCCCGUCCCUUCCCACAGCCUCUUCCCCCCUCUUACCUGUUCACAAAGGCCACACUCUCUCCCCAUCCGUCGACCUCGCCGCAGCCGCCGAGGAAGAAGCCGAAGAAGCCGACCCCAUCAUCAAAGCCGCCGUCGAGAUCUCCGUCGCCCGCACCAUCAGCAUCUCCCGCCGCGCCGGCGCCCGACCGAAACGGGUUGAUUCGUGUGCAUCGUCUACACUACCAUCUUCUCCUCCGCCAUCUGGACAGCAACUACGACGUUCCCCCUCGCAGCCCCCCACCCAGUCACGAUCGGGAAGACCACCUCCGAUCCCCCUUGCCCGCAGCGCCUCCGUCAGCGCCGGUUCCCUGCAGCGCUCGCGCUCUGUGAAAGCCAACCAAAUCACCAUCACGCGCGCGGGAACGCUCAAGGCGCGAGGGCCGGGGGCGGCACCAAAGCUGACGACGACGACACAUGACCUAGACAGUGUGGCGGAGACGAAGCAGGCUACGCCGGUGUUGGUGGCGCCGCCGCCGGCAUAA